AUGUAUUUCGAUGCAAGUAAUCUAGUGCAGCAGAGACCAAUACUCCAGCAGAUUCAUCCGGUAGAUCCACCCCCCAACGUUAUGAGAUCAACGAAGUCCAUCGGAAAGGCAAGCAGUAAUCGCAGCAAACAACGCAAGGUUGAUCGACUGUUGCAGAAGCUGGAAGAGCAGAAGCAGUUGGAGCAAAGGUUCCUGGACGAGAAAUAUCGAAUCAUUGACGAAGAAGAUGACGACGACGAUGGAACUGUGGUGAGUGAUGAUGACGUUGGAUCCGAGGAGAUUUCGAAAGUUCGAGGAUGGUUGAGAGAUACGGAAAAAUGUGGUGAAGAUUAUGAUUCCGGCCUUGUUGAAGAAGAUAUGUACGAUGAUCAACCGCAACGUGUCGUUCAACAGGCACCGAUAGGAGAGCAGGCAGAACCACGAUCAACUCUACAGGAAUGCGCCACAUGCAAAGGUAGCUGUACCACAGUUGCCAAGUGCAAACGAUUUGCCGAACUAAGUCUAGAUGCUAAAUGGGCAGUUGUACGGGAGGCAAAGCUAUGCCGUAAAUGCCUGCGGAAGCACAAUGGUUCAUGCAGGCAGCAGAAACCUUGCGGAAUUAAAGGAUGCACUUUUUUGCACCAUCCGUUGUUGCACAACGAAAAGCAGGAGGCACCAGCUACUGGAAGCUGCAACGUCCAUCAAGCUCAAACCAGCGAAGUGCUGUUUAGAAUUGUUCCCGUGUUGCUCCAUGGUCCAUCGAAGGUUGUCCGGACGUACGCGUUCAUAGACGACGGUUCUGAGCUGACGCUGAUGGAGGAUAGCCUAGCAGAGGAGCUAGGCGUGAAAGGACCUCGAUCGCCGCUGUGCUUAAAAUGGACAGGUGGUACCAAAAGAGUGGAGAACGCAUCCCAGAAAGUAGAGGUGCAAAUAUCAGCUAUCGGAAAUACUUCGAAGCCGCACAGGAUGUCUAACGUACAUACGAUUCAGAACCUACAACUGCGGCCGCAGACAUUAGUGUACUCAGAAUUGCUGCAACGGUUUCAACACCUCGGCGGACUACCUGUCGAAUCCUACAGCAACAUCUGUCCUCGAAUCCUGAUUGGUCUUGACCAUACAUCGCUUGGGCAUGCUAUGAAAAGUCGAGAAGGAAAGCCUUACGAACCUAUCGCAGUCAAAACACGGUUGGGAUGGAUAGUUUACGGGAGUUGUUCACGAACACAGCAACAGCCAAGCUACGUGAAUGUCCACACGAUUAAAGUGUGUGAAUGCAACCUCGAGUCUGACGAAAACCUGCACGCUGCUAUGAAGAACUACUUCACGUUGGAUAGUCUUGGCGUUGUCAAACCAGAAAAAGUUCUGCGAUCAACGGAGGAUCAACGUGCCAUGGAGAUGCUUGAGAAGCUGACAAUCCCAAAAGAAGGGCGGUACGAAUCGGGUCUCCUUUGGAAGUACGAUAAUGUUCGCUUUCCAUGCAGUAAAGGAAUGGCUUUUAGAAGGUGGCAAUGCUUAGACCGACGUAUGCAGCGGGAUAAGGAGUUUUCGGAAACUGUGAUGGUGAAGAUGAGCGAAUAUGUGGCUAAAGGAUACGUUCGAAAGCUAACGGAGGACGAACUCAACGAACAUCGGUCUCAGGAAUGGUACCUGCCCGUAUUUCCUGUUGUGAACCCCAACAAACCGAGUAAGGUGCGGCUAGUAUGGGACGCAGCUGCUCCCGCGUAUGGCGUUUCUCUCAAUUCGCUGUUACUCAAAGGCCCUGACCUCUUGACUUCACUACUUGCAGUUCUUGUCCAAUUUCGAGAGUUCCGGAUCGCAAUUUGCGGGGACAUCCGGGAGAUGUAUCUACAGGUUUUACUGAAGCAAGAUGUUCGACUGUGCUUCUUCUGGAAAGACAAUCAAGUCAAUGCGGAUCCGAGUGUGUACAUCAUGACGGUGUUACCGUUUGGAGUAUCGUGCGCUCCAAGCAUUGCGCAAUAUGUAAAAAAUACAAACGCUCAGCGAUUCGAGAAAGAUCAUCCGACAGCCGUUCGAGCCAUCGUUGAUCAGCAUUACGUCGAUGACAUGCUCGCAAGUGUCGAAAGUGAACAAGAAGCUAUAGACCUUGCACGGAAUGUUAAGAAGAUUCAUGCGGAAGCCGGAUUUGAAAUGAGAAGUUGGAUUUCGAACAGCCCGGCUGUUCUGGAGGCGUUACACGAGCGAACGACGGAAGAGAAGGACCUUAAUAUGGGAGAAGGAUUGACAACCGAGAAAGUACUCGGAAUGUGGUGGAACACGGCCACUGACUGCUUCACCUUCAAAAUCUCUCCACGAUAUGAUCCUGAGCUUAUGUCGGGACAUCGAAAACCAACGAAGCGUGAAGUGCUCAGAACGUUAAUGAUGAUCUUCGACCCUUUAGGGCUCAUUGGUCACUUCUUGAUGUUCCUGAAGGUGGUACUGCAAGAAAUUUGGAGAACGUCUGUCGGUUGGGAUGACCCCAUCGAAGAAGCACAAUUCGAGUUGUGGAUACAAUGGCUGAAGGUCCUUCCUGAAGUGGCGAAAGUGGAAAUCCCGCGGUGCUACAGGACGACCACAUCUGCUGGAUACACCAACGAAGUACAGAUGCAUACCUUCGUCGACGCUAGUGAGAAGGGCUUCGCCGCAGUGGUCUAUCUGCGAUAUAAGGAGGGACUCACCAUCGAAACAGCGUUGGUUGGAUCGAAGACUCGUGUGGCACCAAUCAAAUUUCUGUCAAUUCCCCGUUCGGAGCUUCAAGCUAGUGUAAUCGGAGUCAGAUUGGCGAACAGCAUAGAGCAGUCCCUGUCCAUCAAGGUGAACAGGCGCUUCUUUUGGACCGAUUCAAGUGACGUCAUCAGCUGGCUCAAAUCUGAUCAUCGUAGGUAUAGUCAGUUUGUCGCUUUCCGAGUGAGUGAGAUACUAGAAGCUUCGGAGGUCAGCGAAUGGCAGUGGAUCCAGACAAUGAAGAACGUUGCGGAUGAUGGAACUAAGUGGAAACGGGCGCCAGACAUGAGUAGAACUAGUCGAUGGUUUAACGGGCCGGAAUUUCUCAAGACCCCUGAGGGAGAAUGGCCUAUGAAACUACACAUCGAUAGCACCACCAUGGAAGAACUGCGUCCCCAUUUACUCGUUCAUGUUAAACAACCGGAGCCAAUCAUCGAUCCUCAAAACUACUCUAAAUGGACUCCACUUCUACGUCGGACCGCAUACGUGUUUCGAUUCAUCAGAAACGUGAGUACAACCAAACCAGAAGAAAGAACCGCUGGACCACUGACGAAUUCAGAGCUGACCAUGGCUGAAAACUAUCUGUUCCGGUGUGCUCAAUAUGAACAUGAUGUACUCCGUGUUCGUGGUAGGACCAGCGCUUGUCCAUUUGUUCAGCAGGAUACGGUGAAUCCAAUCAUCCUUCCACGAGAUCAUCAGAUUGCACAUCUCAUCAUAUCGCAUUACCACAGCAAGUAUCAUCAUCAGAACCACAACACAGUGAUCAACGAGUUGCGGCAGCGAUACAGCAUCCCUCGUCUAAAGGCUGCCUACAACAGUAUUCGUCGAUGCUGUCAGCAAUGCAAGCACGACCGUGCUCAACCACAACCACCGGUCAUGAGUGACUUGCCACUGCCUCGUCUGGCUGCCUACGCUCGUCCGUUUACUUAUAUGGGGGUGGACUACUUUGGUCCAUUUAUGAUCAUCCUUGGACGCCGUCUCGAGAAGCGUUGGUGGCUCCGAGACUAUCUUCCUUCCAUCACUCGUCGGACGAAAUGGUAUACGGAGGUGAAGCCCAUCAAAAUCAACGACAUCGUUGUCAUCGUGGACCCGAAACUUCCUCGGAACACCUGGCCUAAAGGCCGAGUUAUUGAAAUCAAGCAAGGUUCGGAUGGACAGGUGCGAAGCGCUACUGUGCAGACUUCCGGAGGUAUCUACGAGCGCCCAACUGUGAAGCUUGCCGUGCUCGACGUAGGCGUUGGAAGCAAUGCACAUCAGGAUGACCAGAAGCGCAUUACGGGGGGGAGUGUUGAUUACGCUACGUCGAAUAGCCCGUCGGACCCCAUGCGCCCCGAUGAAAGCCGUGAUGCCAAGCGAUCCGGCUGGAUGGAGUUCCUGGAAGGGAUGAACGCAUCGCAAUCCUCGGCUGACCUCUGGCAGCGAAUCAACGCCCUCAGUGAGAAACGACGCACGACACCUCUUCACGUCCAGGUUAACGGUUCCACGGUUUCCGAUGCGGAAACGGUAGCUGAUGAACUCGGUACCUGCUUCGCCGACCUUGCAGCCAUCGAGAAGAACUGCAUCAUGCCCUUCGCUGCAGCAACGGGAAGUCGGUGGGACCCGACGAAAUCGGAUAUCCUCUACUCAAGAGGCUACCUGUACCAGGACAGCUACGGAUGCUAG